AUAUCUCCGUAUUUGGAUUAUGGUACGAAGACGAGAAUGAUAGUUGAGAAAACAGAGAUGUGUGGAGAGAAGAAGACGACGAUUGUGUAGAGGAUUCCUCCUUGCAAUGAUAGAGAGGGAGAUUUAAAUAGGGGGAGAGCAGAGGGAGGUGAAGAUGAAAGGAUACGGCGGAGCCGCCGGCGGAGGCUCGACGGCUGCACUGCUGGCGGCUAAGCGGCGAUGGAAGGGGCAAGGGACGGCCGUCUUCGUCCUGGUCGUCUGCUCCGUGCUCGUCCCCCUCGUCUUCCUCCUCGGCCUCCACAACCGCUUCCCCUCUGGAUACCUGGCUGAUGAUCGCUCUCAACAGGAAAGUACCUUUGAGAUUUACCGUCACGAUGAUAGUGGUGAAAAGAAGAAUCCCUCGAAGGAUGAUCAGCCAUUGACUCGUAACGCUGUGAACAAUUUUGCACCGCCCUUCCAAAAGGGUACUGAAAGUGUGCCUUCUGAUGAGGAUUUGUACAAGAGGUUAAACAAUGCUGUUAUUUCACCAUCUCCUAUAAAACCAGAGAAUGCUACUUCUCUGGCUGUACCAAAGGAUAAGACAUCCAAUUUGAAAGGUCCACUUGCAGAAAAUAAUGGUGCUGCAAAAAAAUCUUCAUCUCUGAGUAAUAAAUCCAGUGAGGGAGUUGGAAAGCACAGCUAUGCCAUGGGCUCAAAUGUUCAUGAGAUUGAGAGAUCUUGUGAACUUGAAUUUGGAAGUUAUUGUCUCUGGUCCAGGGAACAUAGAGAAGUAAUGAAAGAUUCUAUUGUGAAGAGACUCAAGGAUCAGCUGUUUGUGGCAAGAUCUUACUAUCCAAGCAUUGCGAAACUUAAGGGACAGGAAAACCUGACACGUGAACUGAAGCUGAACAUUCAAAAUCAUGAACGCAUGCUUAGUGAAGCAAUCUCUGAUCCUGAGCUUCCACCACUCAUAGAGAAGAAGGUACAAAGGAUGGGUGAGGCUAUUGCAAAAGCCAAAUCAUGCUCCGUACAGUGCAGUAACGUUGACAGGAAACUUAGACAGAUACUUGAUCUAACAGAAGAUGAAGCUCAUUUUCAUAUGAAGCAAAGUGCAUUUCUCUAUCAACUUGGUGUCCAGACCUUGUCCAAAGGUUUCCAUUGCCUUUCAAUGAGACUGACAGUAGAAUAUUUCAAGUCUCCAUCAGCAGAUAUCAAACAUUCAUUUGCUAACAAAAUUGACAACCCAAAUUUUCAACACUAUAUAAUCCUUUCUAGAAAUAUACUUGCAGUAUCAGUAACUAUCAACUCUACUGUAGUGAACUCUAAGGAAUCUGACAACAUGGCUUUCCAUGUGCUCACUGAUAAACAAAAUUUUUACUCUAUGAAACACUGGUUCUCCAGAAAUUAUUACAAAAAGGCGACCAUUUAUGUUUUGAACUUUGAUGAGCUUGAUAUUAAUCAUUUUGCUGACUUUGAUUUGGAAGAGUUGUCAACGUCUGAGGAGUUUCGGGUCUCCACUCAUUCUAUUGCUCAACCAUCCCCUUUGCAGAUGAAAACUAAAUACAUCUCAGUAUUUGGUCACUCCCACUUUCUUCUUUCUGAUAUCUUCAAGAAUUUAAAGAAGGUAAUCGUUCUUGAUGAUGAUGUAGUUGUCCAAAAGGAUAUAUCAUUCUUGUGGAAUCUUGACUUGGAAGGAAAAGUAAUUGGUGCUACAGAAUUUUGUGGGGUCAAAUUGGGUCAAUUAAAAUCAUAUUUGAGCACCAGCGGUUAUGAUGUUAAUUCUUGUGCUUGGAUGUCUGGAUUAAACAUUAUUGAUUUGGAUAAAUGGAGAGAACACAAUAUCACUGGAUCUUAUCAAAGAUUUCUCCAUCAGUUGCAACAUGAAAAUGAAGCGUCAUGGAGAGCUGCAACGCUUCCAGCAAGUUUGCUUAUUUUACACGGUCAGAUAUAUGCUCUAGAUGAUACCCUGGUUCAGCAAGGACUUGGUUAUGACUAUAGAGUCCUCGAUGACACUCUAAAAAGAGCUGCCGUAUUGCACUAUGACGGCAACAUGAAGCCUUGGCUCGAUCUGGGCAUUCCAAAGUACAAGAAAUACUGGAAAAGGUACCUGACGAAAGGAGAGAGGUUUAUGGAUGCUUGCAACGUUAAUCCAUAACGUCAGCUGUGAGGUGUGCAGGAUGAUAAGCGAAGCAUGGACUGAAUAACAAUCUUGCUUGCCUCAAACUUGCGUAAAUUUUCCACAUUGGAUUUCAGGCAUUGUGUCAGCAAUGUACAGCAGACAUCAGAUUCUUUAUAACUGUCAAGAGUCACCAAUAAAUUUGGAAAGAGACAAGGUCUCCGUUGUUGCUGGUUUAUGAACAUGCAAAGGCCACCGAGCAAUAAGAGCAUCGGUUUAGCUUUAUGAUUCUUGACAUAAGAGACAGGUGUAGGAAGAUCUGGUAGCUUCACAUAAUAGUUGAUUGCACCAUUUGUUUGUUACAUAGUCUAAAGAUUAACAGAGUGUCACCACAAAUUGGAUCAAUGUCAUCUUUGGACCAGUGUAAAUUGAUUUUUUGCUCAAUUUUCUUCUCAGCCCUUGUUGGCCCCUUUUCUUAUGCAACAAGGGUAAGUUGGCAUCUCUUGCACUAGCUUGCAGUUCUUUGUAUGCUAAUGCUACAUUUAGGAUUGACUUUUAAUUCCUGAAAAAAAAAUUCUGGAAAUCUUGAUAGUCAUAAAUGAUUUUGUAUUUAAUCUUUUAUUAUCUAUUUUUAAUUCA